GUGACAGCUGGGGCGGCGCGCGGGGGAGUGGUUGGCGACGUGCUCCCAGUUUUCAGGCCAUUGCUCGUAUUUAAGGGGCCUGGCAGGUGUUGCUUUCUCCUCAAGCACUUCCGAGGGACGCCGCCAUCAUGGGAGUGGAGAAGACGGUUCAGCCGACUGCGCUGAAGUACAUCAGCCUGGUGACGCUGACGGUGCAGAACUCGGCGGUGGCGCUCAGCAUGCGCUAUGCCCGCACUCGCUCAGGGGAGAUGUUCAUCGCCUCAUCGGCGGUGGUGAUGGCGGAGUUGGUGAAGCUGCUGGCCUCCCUCCUGCUGGUGUACAAGCAGGAGGGGUCCGUCCAGCACUGGUUCAUGUCGCUGCACACACAAAUCUGGCAGCAGAAGCUCGACACCCUGAAGGUCAGCGUCCCGUCCUUCAUCUACCUCGUGCAAAACAACCUCCUCUACGUGUCCGCCUCCAACCUUGAUGCUGCGACUUACCAGGUGACGUACCAGAUGAAGAUCCUGACCACGGCGCUGUUUGCCGUGCUGCUGCUGCGGCGGGAGCUGCGGUCGCUGCAAUGGGUGGCCCUGGUGCUGCUGACGGCGGGCGUGGCCAUGGUGCAGCUCUCCGCCACGGACGGGGGCGCCUCCUCCGCCAGCACUGCUGGGCAGAGUCGCCUGCUGGGGUGUGUGGCCGCCAUCGCUGCCUGCUGCUGCUCGGGCUUUGCCGGGAUAUACUUCGAGAAGAUCCUGAAGGGCUCGGAUGUGUCGGUGUGGGUGCGCAACGUCCAGCUCUCCCUGCUCUCCCUGCCGCUGGGGGCCGCCACCGCCCUGGCCACCGACGGGGCCGCCAUAGCCUCCAAGGGGUUCCUGUUUGGCUAUGACUCCUUCGUGUGGUACCUGGUGUGCCUCAACGCGCUGGGCGGCCUGCUGGUGGCGCUGGUGGUCAAGUACGCAGACAACAUCCUGAAGGGCUUCGCCACCUCACUCGCCAUUGUGCUCUCCACCAUCACCUCCGCCGUCUUUCUCGGCUUCGUCCUCACCCUCCAGUUCGCGGUGGGCACGGCUCUCGUCAUUGCGUCCGUCUUCCUGUACAGCCACCAGCCCCGCCCCCACCCACCCCAGAACCCCAUGGUAGGGAAGGUGUGAGGUGUGCGGUGUGGCCCCCUGAAGUGUCCUGGGGUGUGCGGUGCUGGGGAGAGGUGGAGGGGUGUGGGGUGCUUGAGAAGGGGGAGGUGGAGGGGUGCAGGCUGCUCUAGGGAGGAAGGGAGAGUGCUGGGUGAGGCUCAAAAGAGAUCUGCUUAUGUGUAGGGAAGGGAGAGGUGCUAGGCGGAGGUGGACUAAAGAUGAGGUGCUGGUGGGGGAUGAGAUGCAUGUUUAGGGUGCAGGGAGAGAUGCAGGGGUGAGGAGAGAGAACAAACUAAUAUAGGGAUGUGUAGAGAGGUGACUGGGAUGAGAGAGAUGCAUGGAUAGGAUGAAAGAAUGAGGAAGGGAGAAGUGGAAGAAUGAGGACACUAAUAAAGGGACGUAGAAGAGAGGUGACAGGGAUGUGUGAGAGAGAGAGGGAGAGAACCAACGACUGUGAUAAAAAGUAUAGGAAGAGAUUGAGACUUAAGAGGACAUAGACACAAGUACAUAGGCAAAACAAAGGACAUGAAGGAAGGUGACGGGGUUGUGAGAGAGUGAGAACCAACGUUGAAUUUAAUCUCCCAUUUCUGGCUCCAUUUCCAAAUCUUGUUUAGGUCUUCUUGCAGCUCCUUGUAGUCUUCGCUGUUUCUUAUAUGUCUUUGCAGUUUAGCAUCAUCUGCAAACAGGCUCAUGUAGCUGUUUAUUCCCUCUGGCAUAUCAUUAACAUAGACUAGGAAGAGUACUGGUGCUAAAACCGACCCCUGGGGCACUCCACUUUCCGCCGUUCUCCAUUCCGAUCUAGUGUCCUUAACCACGGUUCUCAUCUCUCUUCCUCUUAAGUAGCUUUCCAUCCAGCACUUCAUUUUCCCUCUCAAUCCUCCUUUAUUUUCUAGUUUCCACAGCGGUCUUGAAUGUGGAACUUUGUCAAAUGCCUUCAUUAAGUCUAGGUAAAUGCAAUCCACCCAUCCGUCUCUUUCCCGUGUGUGUGUGUGUGUGUGUGUGUGUGUGUGUGUGUGUGUGUGUGUGUGUGAGGGAGGGAGGGAAAGAUGUUUGGUGGGCACGACGCAUGUGUGUGUGUGUGUGUGUUAACAUUGCACUAAUAACAUGAAGCACAAAUAUAAUAAUAACUAGCAAACAUAGACGAUAUAUAAUGGAUGAGAGUUGAUGUAGAGACUCGGACAGCACAAAGAAUUAAAGUUAAAAUUGAAGUAUUAAUAAAAUAUGGUGAUAAUUAUAAUCUGAAUUCUCUUAGCCAGUGAAGAAGGGGCAUUAAACAUAAAAGUAAAGGAGAGAAAGAGAGAAAGAAGGAUGGAAAGAGAAGAAUAGAGAUGAAGAGAAGAAAGAAAGGAAGUUAGAAGCAUAAAAAAAAAUAAGCCGCAAAAAGAGUGUACCCAGACAAUAUAUUUAAGGGUGUAGCUUCUAAACAAACCAAUAUAUUAGACUAUUUAUACCCAGCUGGAUGUAACCAAGGCAUGUGUGUGUGUGUGUGCAUAUGUUUGUAUAUACAGAUUAUUAACCGAGGCAGCAUGACGCUAUCACAGUAAUAACUAACGACAUUUACUCUGUAGCAAGACAAACCAUGAUCUAGUAUGUAACUUGACUGGCUUCUUCCCUUCCCUCGUAGCUAAGCACUGACACUCAAACUGGAAACUGUAACAAAACGCAGCUUGAGUUUGGACUGAUUAUGCUUGUUCAGGACUUUAAUUUCUGGGGGUGGGGGGGCUAGGGGGCUAAUGUUUUCUAUAUCAACCUUAUAAUGCCCCUAAAAGUGCUCGCCACUCUCAACCCUCCCACCUCUUGAACCUCUGAUGCCCUCUAGCCCCCCCUCACAAAAUAUCUGCCACAGUUAUGGGUUUGCUGUUCUGUUUACUGUUUCCUCUGGUCACUGCUGAUUCCCAUGUGUUUGGCAUAAGUUGUACAAGUCAGUGGUGCCGUGAGCCUGUGCUGGUGGCUGGCUUGUGCUCUGGUGUGCAUGUUUCAGACCUUGCCUUAUUUUAUUCACAGUUUCAUUAGCAAGACAAGGAUGAUUAAAGCAUUUUUAAGAGUUGCAAAAUGGUAAACUCGGCCCAAAGUAGUGGGUCGCAGUGCAAGGCAAGCAGAUGUGACGACAUAAGUGGGUAAACCACAUGCAAACCAUCAAACUAUCCUUCCUUGUCCAUCCACACCAUUGAGGAGUGCCCGAUGAGUGCACAGACUGCUGGGCACUGCCCCAUACUGUGGAGCCUGCCAGGACCUGCUCCAUCUGGUACCUGCUUGAAAAGCAAGAGAAAUAUGCUCAGGGCACGUUGCCUGUCGGGCACUGCCCAAUGGUGUGGACAGGCCUGAGGGUGCUGAAUACUUUUUCAUAGCAAGCAUAAAUUGAGGGCAAUUAAAUUAUUUCACCACAAUAAUUACAUACAAUGGAGUCAA